GUAAUCAGUUGUCUUUGUGUUCCGUUCGUAGUGAAACGUCAUUUUAUCCGUAUAUUCCACAUUCAUACCCGAUUCCAUUUUAUUUUCAAUUUAAUUUUUUAAAACCAUUGCAAGUGCAUGUUCAGUGCUUUCUAAUCAGACAGAACCCCAUACACCUACCUUACCUACCAACAACAAGUGCCUAGUGCAAGAAGGAAAAAUUAAAGUGAAAGUUCUGUGUGUGUAUUAAUCGUAUUAUUUAAUUUAAAUAAACUAGUAAUUCAAAAACAACAACAACAUCACUUAACAAAAAGAUCUCCAUAAAGAUUAUUAAAUUUUUGCCUACAUCUUUAACUCCAACUUAAUCAGAAGAAAUCAUAAUGUAUCCUUUCGGCUCGGGUAGACCACAACCGACUCCACCCCAAAACCAAUACCAUCAGUCACCGAAUAGCAAUGCCCCCUUCGGUGCUGGAUGGACACAACCGUCAACUCAGCCACCAACUCAUGGUGGAUACCCUUCACCCCAACAUUCCCAACAUCAUGCUCCCUAUCCAACCGGUCCAACCUAUCCGUAUCCCAGCCAAACAGCAAACAGUAAUCCAGCUCCUUAUCCAAGUUAUGGCCAAGCUGCUCCUGCAGCCAAUUACCCUCCCUAUCCGGGUUCAUCGUUUCCCCAUAAUCCACAACAACAACAACACCAUCAUCAUGCACCCUAUCCCCCGAGCUCUACAAAUGCCCCCAGCAUCAAUACUCCUUAUCCUCCAUCAACUCCGUCAUCGUCCUCAACACCAUAUCCUCCUGCUGCUCCUGGUUCAGCUGCACCAUAUCCAUCGCAUCCACCAUACCAGGGCUAUCCUUCUUCCCAUCAAAUCAGCUCCCACAAUCAACCCCCCUAUCCAACACAUCAAGCACAACCCUCCCAUUCACCCCAUGCACAUAUUGGUCCAGGUGGAAAUAAUGCGGCAGCAAGCUUGGCCAAGUGUUUCGGCGAAAUGAACAAUCGGCAAAGUGUUGUCAAAAAAGAGGGAACCCCAACUGUUCAUCCGGCUCAAAAUUUCGAUCCUGUCAAGGAUGCCCAUGACCUUCGAAAAGCAAUGAAAGGAUUUGGUACCGAUGAAAAUACUUUGAUUGAAAUUAUUUGCCGACGGACUAAUGACCAAAGACAGGAAAUACAACGUCAAUAUAAAACACAUUUUGGAAAGGACCUUAUUGAGGAUAUUAAAUCAGAAACAAGUGGUAAUUUCCAGAAGCUUUUAGUUGGUCUUCUACGUCCAAUUGUCGAUUUCUAUUGUCAUGAAUUGUGUGAUGCCAUGAAAGGCAUUGGCACCGAUGAAGAUGUUCUUGUAGAAAUUCUAUGUACUCUAUCGAAUAUGGAAAUUCACACUAUCAAAAAUCAAUAUCUAAGAAUGUAUGGUGCUCAUUUGGAAUCUGAAUUGAAGUCAGAAACUUCGGGUAAUUUCAAGAGACUUUUAGUGUCACUUUGUACUGCUGCCAGAGAUGAAAGUGGACAAAUUGAUCCUGAAGCAGCACAAAAUGAUGCCAGAGAGCUUCUUAAAGCUGGCGAACUACGUGUGGGCACUGAUGAGAGUACAUUUAAUAUGAUUUUGUGCCAAAGGAAUUAUCAUCAAUUAGCAUUGAUCUUCCAAGAAUAUAUGCACAUGACAGGUCACACUCUGGAGAAGGCAAUCAAGAAUGAAUUCUCUGGAGACAUUCAAGAUGGACUUUUGGCAAUUUACAAGUGUGUUACCAACAAAGCCGAAUACUUCGCAACUCGUUUGCAUAAAAGUAUGGCUGGUAUUGGAACUAAUGAUAAACAACUGAUUCGUGUGAUAAUAACACGAUGUGAGAUUGAUAUGCAAGACAUUAAGGCUGCAUUCGAAGGUUUAUAUGGAAAGAGCCUCAAAAGUUGGAUUAAGGGUGAUACAUCGGGACAUUAUAAACAUGCUUUGUACGCUCUGACAGGGGAACAAAGAUCAUCAUAAAAUAACAAUCAUAAUAAGUUCUAGUAUUUUUUUAUCGUCCAUUUCUUUUUGUAUUCUUUUAAAAUUUUUAAAAUUCUACUUAUAAAAUACAUAACAUAAAUAAAGGCCAAAUAUGUGAAUCUCUUAUACCUACUUCACUCCUGUCAAGUUAAUCUAUUCUAUUCCUGUUAAUGUACCUUAUUAAGGCGUUUAAAUAUUAAAUAUUGGAGUUAUAACAAUUUAAUACUUUCUACCUGUAAUAAACAACUAUUUACUAUUACGUAGUUUUAUGUAAUUUUUUUCAAUUUUUAUAUUAUGUACAAGAAACAAAAAACAACAAAUUAAUGUAUAUUUUUACUAGCUUCUAUAUAUUCAGCAAACCUUAAUGUUAAUUAAUAAAAUUAUAAAAUAAAUGUUUAAAAAACUAAAAAAGUUA